AAUGCACUGGUUGGUGUUUGUCUCUGAGUUUCUUGCUCAUGGUGGGCUCUACCUCUCUCUCUUACUCAUUCAAAGAGAGUGACUGUGUGUGAGUGAGGACAGCUAGCUAUUACUCUAUACUGCUUUCUAGUCCCCACACACUUUGAAGCUCAUUCAUGGCUUCUAUAUACUAUUGUCUCUUUCUCUUUUCCUUUGAUUAUUAUUACUCACAUACCAGCCAACAACUUCUUCAAUUCCCAGCCUGAUUCUUGUUAACCACUCUUUCUCUUUUGCUUUCUUUCUUGCUUUUUUUUUUUUUUUUUUUUCAUUUUUUGUUUUGUUUUUGGCUCUACUGUGUUUGAUACAAGUGUCAGGCAUGAAAGGGAGGGUUUUUUUCAAGCUCGGUCUCAAUAUCAUUCUUCUGGAAGUGUUCCUAUUAGCUCUCUGUUUUCAUGAAUCUUGCUGCAGCCAGUUAGAUCAUCUUACGGGUCCUGUUUUGAUGGAUAAAAGAAGGGAUGCUUUUUUGCCCAAGAUCUCUCCUAGUGGGUCUCCUCAGCCAUUUAUUCCUAUGCUUGCACCUUCACCAUUGAUACCCUUCACAAAUACUACCACUCCAAAAUUAUCAGGACUCUGUAUGUUAAACUUCACUGCUGCUAAAAGCUUGCUGAGUACAACAUCAGUAGAUUGCUGGUCCGCUUUUGCACCGUUUCUGGCUAAUGUCAUUUGUUGUCCGCAGUUGGAAGCCACUCUUGCAAUUAUCAUUGGUCAAUCGAGUAAAGAAACCAAUGUCCUUGCUUUAAAUGGGACCCUUGCCAAAUUUUGCCUCUCAGACAUUGAGCAGAUUUUGGUUGGUCAGGGUGCUAAUUUUAAUGUGACACAGAUAUGUUCAACUCAUGCCUCAAAUCUCACUCAAAACUCUUGCCCGGUCAUUGAUGUUAAUGAGUUUGAGAACACUAUAGAUACUUCUAAGCUUCUGGCAGCUUGUGCUGAGAUUGAUUCUGUGAAAGAAUGCUGUAACCAAAUUUGUCAGGGUGCAAUAUUAGAAGCUGCUACGAGGAUUGCAUUGAAAGCUUCUGAGCUAUUGAGCGUUGAUGGGCCCCAUGUUUUACCUGAGCACUCAACUACUAUAAAUGAUUGUAGAAGUAUCGUCCACAGAUGGCUGGCAAGUAAACUUGAUCCUCCUCUUGCGAAGCAUGUUCUCAGAGUACUAUCAAAUUGCAAUGUUAAUAAAGUUUGCCCCCUGAAUUUCCCUGACAUGAAGCAUGUCGCAAAGGGCUGUGGGCAUGGGAUAAGUAACCAGACAGCAUGCUGUAGUGCCAUGGGAAGCUAUGUCACCCACUUGCAAAAGCAGAGUUUUAUAACCAACUUGCAAGCUUUGGAUUGUGCUGCAUCAUUGGGAACAAAGUUAAGGAAGUCAAAUAUUACAAAAGAUGUAUAUGGCCUCUGUCAUAUAAGCCUCAAGGAUUUCUCCCUUCAAGUUGGAACUCAAGAGGCUGGAUGUCUUUUGCCUAGCUUGCCUUCUGAUGCAACAUUAGACCCGACUUCAGGAAUAAGCUUCCUUUGUGAUUUAAAUGACAACAUUGCAGCUCCAUGGCCCACUACAUCUCAAGUGCAAGCUUCUUCAUGCAAUAAAACUAUUAAAAUUCCUGCACUUCCAGCAGCCACAUCUGCCCAAAGUGGACUUUAUAAUGACGAUGUCAUGCUUUUUCUGCUCAUUGCUUCCUUAAUGGUCCCUCUAAUGCUAUUGUAUUCUUAAGAAGCUUUUUCUUGCACAUUGCACCUUGUCAGAGUCUUCAAAGAGAAAAGGAUAACUAGAUGAAGUUAUUUCCAAGAAGGUUUCUCUUGAUCUGAUCUGAGCCCUGUCAAUUGAAGACAAUUGUUUAUUGGGCAGAGAAUCUUGAUUUUAGGUAAUUUAGGAUUGUGUUUCUGAUCCUAUUGAUUCUUGAUUCUUGUUUGCUGGUGUAAUAAAAUUUUUGUAAAGGAAAUUAGGAAAAUGAGGAAAGUGAUAUUGUAAUUACCAAUAUUGAGAUUGCCAUGUAAAUUUAGGUUUUAGUAGGAAAAAGCUCUUUUGCAACUUGUAAGUACUUUUUUCUAAUCUAGUGUCCACCUUAUAUGACCAA